AUUAACCCCACCCAGUGAGCUUCCAGUAUGGGACCUGCAGGGAUAACUGGAUCCACUGAGGAGCACCAGUGAGGACAUACUGGGAGAACUGGGGCUAACGGGCCACAACCAGAUCUCAGGCUGAAUGACAAUGUGGGAGAGAACGUUCCUGUUGCUGCUUUAUGGUGUGGAAGUUGUUGUAGCAUCCCAAUGCUGGCAGGGGGCGACCUUCUCCGAGGCCGUGGUGUCUCCAGCUGUAGAGACCAGCGGUAUUUUGCGUGUUCCAGGCGUGACUUCUCUGUCCCAGUGCGUGGCGGCGUGCUGCGACCUACCAGGCUAUGACCUGGCGUGGCUGUUUGAGGGUCGCUGCUACGUCCUGAGCUGCCAGCAGAGGGAGAACUGCUCGCCCAGAGAGAGACCAGGGGCCGACUCUGUCCUCGCCUUCCUGCGCAGAGCGUCACCUCAAACGCUGGUGCUGCAGUCCCUGGUGAGAGGAGAGCCGUAUGGAGGUCGCUGGAGGCCCCCGUCACGGUCCUCUGAGGCCCCGGGAGACAUUGAGGCCCUGAAGGAUCUUGCUUUGUUUGACGGGGUCCGGAGGGACUUUUCCGACCCUGGGAUGCUGGAUUUUGAGUAUCCAGAGGGGAGCCAGGAGGAGAGGGGAGCGCCAGGCUCAGAGGUGGAGACGAGGACAGAAGAGACGGCCUUAAAGGGACAAGAAGGGUUAAACCAAUCAGAGACGGAGGAUGGAGCAGGGAGGGGGGUGACUGACAGCAACGGAGCUCAAAAUAGAGCCUCCUCUGAGGGGGAGACGAGGAGAGGAGAGGAGGACAGAACCAGGAGACCAACUGAGUCAGCUGCUGAGGAGAAAAGAGCUAAUACAGAAAGCAUCACCGCUUCAUCAGCGCCUUCAGAGAAACCAACAACUGACUCCUCCCAAAAUGACCAUAUAAGGACUUCCCUUCCCACAGCUGGCUCACCUCAACAGCAUAUCAGCACGUCUGCACAGCCAGAUCAGCCCCUGACUGCGUCCAGUGAAAACCCUGUCAUUCAGACGUUGCUGCCCACUGUUAAAUCUGAUGCUUCAGUUUCCCCUCUGCCCACUGACUUGUUGAAGUUGCUCCAGUCAGCAGCUUCAGUUCCAUCGACUUCCACUCGACCCUCAGCCAGAGCCUUAACGUCGGAGCCCACCACCACCUCACCUCCCAGUACCCACCCUCCAACCGUCACCACAUCCUCUGCUACAACUGCAGAGUCCGUCUCAUCAGUCGGGGGGUCAAACUGUGGUCCAGUGGCCAUAGUGGGUCAAGACAGGACAUUGUCUCUCCCUGUGAGCAGCCUGACACUCGAUGGCAGGGCAAGCACAGACGACCAUGGCAUCGUCAGCUAUCACUGGGACGCUGUGAGUGGUCCUCCAGGGUUAAAGCUGGAGGGAGGAGACGAGGCUGUAGCCACGGUAACGGGCCUCCGGGUGGGACGCUACACCUUCAGACUGACGGUCUCUGACCAGGAGGGGGCAACAGACAGCGCUUCACUCACCGUCAGAGUUCAGGAAGCCAGAAGUCUUCCUCCAGUCGCUCACGCCAGCGGCAGCCACACUCUCACGCUCCCCAACAACUCCCUGAUCCUGAGAGGAUCUGUGACUGACGGUGACCAGAGCGAGGUCCACUUCCUGUGGGUCAGAGACAGCCAGAGUCCUGCUGCUGGGGACGUCCUGUACGGCUCAGACACUCAGGCCUCCCUCUACCUGGCCAACCUGGUUGAAGGUACCUACCUGUUCCAGCUGAGGGUGACCGACGCUCAGGGACGAUCCUGUGCUGCCAUGGCGACUGUGGAGGUCCGACCAGAGCCUGGUGGGGGUGAGGAGGUGGAGCUGGAGAUGUUGGUGUCGGUGUCUCAGGUGAGCGUGUCUCAGAGGGACACGGUGGUCCGACAGCUCGCCGCUCUGCUGCACGUCCUUGACGGAGACAUUCAGGUCCGAGCGCUGCAGGGACACUCCCACCUCAGCACCGUGUUGCGGUUCUCUGUGCUGGGCCCCUCGGGGCCGCUCUCUGGCUCCAGGAUCGUGAGUUUGCUGAGAAGCCAGCUACUGAGAGAGAAGAGCGACUACCUGCUGUUCAGAGUGCUGAGAGUCGACACAGUCUUGUGUCAGCUUCACUGCUCGGGGCGUGGCCAGUGUGAUCCAAUCACAAAGGAGUGCUUAUGCGACCCCUUCUGGACGGAGAACCUGGUUCGUCGUUACCUCGGCGAUGGAGAGAGCAACUGUGAGUGGAGAGUCCUCUAUGUCAUCCUGACCAGCUUCAUGCUCAUGAUCAUCAUCCUGACAGUCAGCUGGACCUUCAUCUGCUGCUGCAAGAGGAGGAGACAAACCAAAGUGAGGAAGAAAACUAAAUACACCAUCCUGGACAACAUGGACGAGCAGGAGAGGGUGGAGCUCAGACCCAAAUUCAGUAUCAAACACCGCAGCACAGAGCACAACUCCAGCCUGAUGAUGUCGGAGUCGGAGCUUGACAGCGACCAGGACACCAUCUUCAGCCGGGACCGACCCGUCCGCAGCAGGAACCGGCUCCAGAAUGCACGCAAUGGAAACGCCUUUGGCUGACGGGACGGUCGGCUUCGUGGGGCACUCCAGGACUCGUCUCCGGGAUGUUUGCGCUCUGAAAGCCUCUCUGUUGCUGUGAGAGACUUUACUUCUUAUGAUGAUGGACUUUUAUUGCUCAGAAAUCCAACGCUGUGAGGUCAAGCCUUCAACAGAUGUGGGGGUUUACCACCAGGAGGACAAACCUGCUAAACCUGACUGGAUUAUGUGGAUUUGAAUGAUGAAAUGUGGAGAAAAGGAACUAUUUUAUAUCGCAGAACCUCCUUGGAUCGUGUUGGCACUUUAGGACUUUACAACGGGGAUGUCACUGGGAGAAUUUCAAGAAGAGUCAGACCUUUUAGGGAGAAAAUCCUCCCUACUUGCACUGAGAGAUCCAGGAAGAAGUUAAGCUCAAAGACUGGACACAUGGGAAGCUGCUAGCCUUGCUUCAACAACAAGAAGGAGCAAAAACAUCCUGUUUUAACAAUUUUAGGUACAGUUUGUUGUAAUUUUGUUAAGCUUAGAAGCUAACUUAUUUAUCCAUCAACCCUAAAAAAAGCAGAAUAAAUCCCAAAACAACUCUAAACUGGGAAAGAUGAA